AUGCUACGUAUCAUACAGGAACAGGCCUUAGAACCAGGGAGGCUGAAGGCUAAAGUUAACGCUCUCGGUGAACAGGUCGCCAAACUCAACGCCCUGAAGUUGAACUCCCCAGAUCAUUUGGAGGCAGAUCAAGCGAUGAAAGUCUCCGAGCAGCAAAUAAUAGAUUUAGCAAGAACGUUACAGGAAAUCAACUUUUUGGAUGGGGGCUCCGGAGGUUCGCCCCCCAGAAAGGCGGCCAAACUAAGCUCGCCCAUUCAGGAAACCCCCGCCCUUCCUGCACGUUGGUGUCCAACAGAAUCUCCGACAGACAGCACUCAGGGUUCCUCCUCUUAG